UGUGAAAAAAUUUGAAAAAAUAAGUUAUUAGUUUCCUAACAUUUUAAUUGGAAAACAUCAAAUCAGUCUCGUGUAUUUUUAUUCAAUUUCAACAGCACGCAUCUUGUCUUUAAGGUGUCCAAAAUGCCUAGGGGACUACGUUCGAACAUCGGCCACCGCGCAAGACAUACAAGCCAGCAGGCAGAGUAUUUAGACAACUUAAGCGAAGAAAGACGAAAUGUAAUAAGAGAAAAUGCACGAUUGAGACAACGCCAUCGCUUGGCAUUCCAAUAUAAUCUCACUGCAAACUACUGUGAUGAUGAAAAUUUAGAUAUUGGACCAAUGACGACUAUAUGUCGAUAUUGCAAUGCGUUAAAGUUAAAAAAAGAAACGGCUGGAUUGUGCUGCGCAAGUGGAAAAGUCAAACUGGGUCCAUUACUUACACCACCACAGCCACUGAAAACAUUGUUCGAUGGAAGUGAUCCCGAUUCCAACCAUUUUCUUCAACACAUCCUUCAAUACAAUAACUGCUUUCGCAUGACUUCCUUUGGAGCUUAUAUUAUUCGAGAAGGCGGCUUCAUGUCGACUUACAAGACAAGGACCAAUAUAUAAUUUUCAUGGUCCAAUGGUGCCAACACCAGAUGCACCUCAUCAAUUUCUGCAAAUAUACAUAUAUAUUUCAUUUCGUCGAUGGUGGAUCAGCCAAAUGUGCGGUGCAAUAUUCAGGGAACACAACAUUUAAAGAGACGAGUUAUUGAACAGUUGCAAGUAUUUUUUUACGCUAAUAACGCUGUGGUUAAUAUGUUCAAAACACCAUUGGAACGAAUGCCAUUGGCCCAAAUUUGUCAUAAGAGCGAAUUUUACCCCAAAAGGUCAACAUGUGCGAAAAUUCAAUGCAGCGGAGCAAUAUCAUGCAUCGUGUAAUGGAGGCACAUCGUUUGUACGACGCGUUAAAAUAUCCAACCAUUUAUUGGCAAGGGCAAGAUGGAUACAUCACGUUGAAGAUGGUCGAUCCAAUUACAUGUACAAUAUUCACACACUUAUUACUGCUAUUAUUGGUUUCCAUUAACAAUUCAUUUAAUUUUGCAUAAUAACGAAUAAAAAUCUAAGCGCAAU